AUGGGCUUUGUAACGAAGUACUGUGUCAUGAUCGUGCACAUUCACCAGCCGCUAACGGUGCUGCCGGACGUCUCCCGAUCGCGAAGCAGUGCACCGCUUUGUGGUGCCAUGAAAAAAAGUCACAUCGUUUGCUUGUUGGUUGCAGCAGUAAGCGUCCACAUGCGCAAAACUACGGCAGGGUUAAGAGGUAGCACCGCUAGUGCUACGCUACCAGUUCGGAUGGUGGUUUCCAGUGCCGCACACACCGAUGGCAAGCGGACUGCAAAUGCUUCUACCUCGACGACCACGACGCCGGCGGCGCGAGCAGACGAGUGCAAUCUCGGCCUGAGAGGGAGUACUGAUGCUACAAUGGAAGGCAGAGAGACAAGUGCACCAUCAUCCAUUCUAUUGUCAGCCACUUCACCUCUUCUUACAUCCCCCAACACACUGGGCAAGAAAACACUACACACAAAUGGGAACUCGCAGUCCCAUGUCACCUCCGGCACUCCAGUAUCGCUCCGGCCGAAAGGCCACUAUCGAUCGUCUUCGCUGGAGAACAACCCGUUCCAUCCGCACGGCAGUAAACCGAUGGUAGGGCUAAACAUUGCUCAGGCCAGCUUCACCGGUACGUUGAAAUCUCGCCGAGAGCAAAAACGGAUAUCCGACUUUCUCAACAAGCAAUCAACCUCGGCGUCGGGCUUCGGAGCGACUGGAUCUAGCGGCGCUAGCUCGUUAACGCUCGUAUCCACAACGCGAGAACCACAGUCUGAGAGCAGCCUGCGGAAAGCACACUUCGAGAACAUCCGGGAGAUAUUUGAGAAAAACAACAGCAAAAAUGCUGCCGCUCAGCAACAGCAUAAUCCGAAAUCGACCAAAUUGGCAGGCCACCAGCUAAAUGCUACCGCUGCGGCAAUGAUGGCGGCCAACGUCGCGACUGCCAGCGAACUUGCCAACCAUGGUGGUAGUGCAUCGACACUAGGCAUACCGAUCGAUGACAAACCACCGAAGAUACAGUCCUGCAGUGGUAUUCUAGGAAAGGGCAAGCAAGUGAUCCGUCCGAUUGCCUUCAAACCAGUUCCUUACAAAUGUAACACACCAAAUUACGGUGCCCCGCUUGGUGGACGCCUGACGGAGCUUAGCGAUCGGUACGGUUCGACACCGUCGCUCGGUCCUACAAUGAGCCUGCAGUACAAAUUCGGAAGCACCACAGAUCUGCACCAUCUGCAGCAGCAGCAGCAGCAUGGCAGUAGCGGAAGCAACGGCGCCACACCGAUCGCAUCCGUUGGACCGUGCUCUAGCAACGGAUCGAUGGGAUCAUCAUUCGGUACGAUCGGUGGCAGUAUCAUGAGCAACAGUUACCACCAACACUAUCACCACCAAUACAGUACCUUAAUGCGUAAAGGAUCCUCGACCAUACCGUUCAAAACGUACGAUAGUCUCGAGUCUAUUCUGAAGCUGCCGGAUAGCAUGGUGGCGUCCUAUCCGAAUCCUAGCCAUGGCCUGUACCAUCAACAGGAAGUUCUCGAUAUGGCACCAUCGCCAUCGGAUUCCGGCAUAUCUGAGCUGGAGGCUGCAUUGCGGGAUCGCGAUUCUGAGCUAGCUUAUCUUCGGCAAACAAUGGAGCACAAUGAACAAGUAAUAUUCAAAGUUCAUCAGGAUAAGGAGAAACACUGGGAACAAGAACUGAACCGAUUGAAAGCGAUCCACGAAAGUCGGCUACGUGCUGGAGCACAAAAGGUGCAUAAGCUCGAACAGCUGCUCAUGAUGCAAACGUUCCAGCUGCGGCAGGACAAGAAACGGCUGCAAGAGGACAACGCUCGUUUGCAAACGGGUAUGGCACAUGCGAAGGAUCAAACUGAACAGCACAAAUCGGAGCUGGAACAGCUACAACUUAGCGCCAAGGAGCUGAAGGACCAAAAUGGAGAUUUGCUAGACGAAAUUCAGAUGCUGCGAAGAAUAAUAAGCGAUCUGAAAGAGCGGCUGGAGGAGAGCGAAUGGAACCUAUGCCAGAAGAAUGGGGAGGUAGCGCUGAUGAAAACUCAACUCAAGGAUGCACAGGCUGAAAUAUCCACGAAAGAUCACGAAAUUGUGCAGCUCAAAGCGGACAUGAAACUGCAAAACUAUGAUGAUAUCAGUUUAAAGAAGUCAGAGAUAAAGAAGGAGUUGGACUUUGAUCUGGAAAUUUCACAACUGAAUCGCAUCGUGAUCUUUAAGGAUCAGAUCAUUGUGCUGAUGAACAACGAAAUACAAAAGUUACGCAAGGAACUGUCCGAUAUUUCGAUACUGCGAGGCUAUGAGGGUGCACCUACCGGUCGGUACACUCGGUACAAGAAGAAACUUGAGCUUGUGGCGCAAAAAUUCGAGGAUCCAGAUCGUCCGCGCAACGAUAGCAACAAUAACAACCAUCAGACCACAAACAGCAACAGCAGUAAAAAAGCACUCCAGGGUCCAGACUCUUCGGACGGGGAACGAAGCGAAGGCAAAGCAGCAUCCCCAUCGGCGGUGAUCUCCAGCAGUGAUAUCAUAAGAAACUAUUUCAACAGCAACAGCCAACUCGAGAUGAACAAGAAACUGUUCCUGAGCUCCCAGAUCUGCAACUACUCCGACGAGGACAAGUCAAACAUUAUCGAUGCGUAUGGUAGCGGCAAGCAGGUCGACAUGGCGGAAAUUACGCUUGAUUUAAGCAGCUUGCUUCCAAACGCUUUGACCGUGGUGACGCAAACUCCAGCAGAGGAGAUAACGGGCCCCGUUGCGGACAGCUAUCAUCAGCACAGCUCAUCCGAUGAUGACUACAAAUCCAUGACACCAACGCAGGAAGAUCACGAUCAACCUGAAGACGAGAAGGGCACGGCCAUGUCUAUGCAACCCAUCGAAUCAGUGGCUCUAAAGGUAGCAAAACGGCAGCAGCAGGAUAGUGCAAGUGAGCUGGAAAGACUCAACCGUGAGCUAGCGUCCUGCCGGGAGUGUUUUGAGCAGGAGCGUGCGAAAUGGGCAGACGAAAAGGAGAAGGUUCUAAUCUACCAGCGUCAGUUGCAGAAGAAUUAUGUCGAAAUGUGUAAGCGUACUCAGCAGCUCGAAGAGCAGCUUAAGACUGUACGGCUAGAGCUAGGUCAUGACACGGUGGAGUCGACGAACGUAGAGCGUAUGUAG